AUGGUAUUAUUGGUUUUCACUGAUCGCAUUCGAAGUGCCGUAUAUCAAGCACUGAAUUCGCCCGAAUUCGACAAGUCUGCAAAGAGUAGGCUCAGAAACUAUUUGAAAUCUAGCUCUGGCAUUCCGCUGGAUUUGAUGAAGGAGGUAUCAACCUUCUUGUUGAGCAAAGACGGAAAGCUAGGAAACGAAAUUGGCUUUUCGCGGUUCUGGCUACAUGAACUAUUAAAGGGCAGUGGCAUAUACAUUGAAAAACGCAAAGACAGAGUAAAGAACCCUCAAUUAAUGGCACGCCUUGAACAGAUCCUCGCAGAGCAAGCAAACAAAGAGUACGCUCGCAUGAUCGGUCGCGUAGCAUCCUCAUACGAUGUCGAGACAUUUAAACUUCUUGACACGGAAGAAUUCUCUAGUAUACGAGGACAGUUGACUGCCAUUAUCAACAUUACCUUCACCAUGGUGGCCGUCUUUGCCGCCGUUUAUCACGUUGCUCAGACAAUCACUGGAGACACUGGCAUGCGUGUCUUGCUUGCUUUGACUGGCAGCGUAGUAGUUGGGGUUGCUGAAACAUUCCUCUAUAUGCCUCCAUCACGCACUGCUCAUUCUCCUUCAACACGCACUGCUCAUCCUCCUUCACCACAAAAUGCUCAUUCUCCUUCACCGCGCACUGCUGCUACGCGAAGACCAACAAGAAACGCAACUUUGUAG